GGAGCAUAGGGAAGGUGUGUCACAUACGACAGAGCAACCUGUUGGAGUGCUGGAUGUCAAACCUGAGCCAGCUGAUCUUGGGAACAAGUGUGGAGACUAAAGUAGUGGAAUUGCAUCAUGGGGAGGGUUGACCGGAGUUCUGGGAGUGGCGGUGGCUUCUGGGUUGGUAGGCACAUUACAAGUGAGGGAAGAAAUAUUUAGAAAUUUUCCUUGUGGAUCUCCUUGACAGGAAGCGCCUAAUAGCACACCUUUUAGGGGUUAGACUUUAUUGAUCAGUUUAAAGUGCUUGUGCUGUAGACAGCCUAUCUCAAGACGGACUAUGUAGUGGGAUCGUAUGUAUGAAAGUAAAGAGCCAGUUUGACUGCUGCUGCGAGGUUUAUUGGUGGGAUCAGCGUGAUUUAAGUUGUGGGAAAAAAGCUGGAAGGCAAAGUGUAUUGCAAAGGUGAACAAGUUGUACAGGAUCUGGUGGAAGAGUCCAGUCCGAGUAGGAGAUUUUGUACUUUUGCUAUGAUGCUAGUGACUUUUUUCUGACGAGGAGGAAGAAAGCAUCAUCAUGGCAUCUUCAUCAGUGGCAAAUUGUAAGCCAGCUGCAGCCAAACCUCUCACUGAUCUAGAUUUUCGCUCUGGGGCUCGGAUUGAGGAGUUGAACAAGCUUAUCCAGGAGUUUGGGAAACAUGAAAUGAGAGAGUAUGAUGACCAGAGAGCCCUUGAGGUCCACACUGCCAAAGAUUUCAUUUUUUCCAUGCUUGGUCUGGUACAGAAACUGGAUAACAAGCUUCCAAUAGCCAAUGAGUACCUUCUCCUGUCUGGAAGUGUACGUGAAGGAGUGGUUGAUCUCAAUCCUGACUACUUUGGUGAUUAUGCUCGAGGGACAGAUUAUGACGUCGAUUUCACUUUGCUGGUGCCUGCUCUGAAGCUUCAUGACCGGAAUCAGCCAGUUACCCUUGAUAUGCGACACUCUGCACCCUGUCACUCUUGGUUUAGCUUGCGCCUCUUCAGCCAAGAAGUAAUUGAUAAGUGGAAGGACUGCUGUUCAGCAACAGAACCCUCCAAUGGUGGACCCAGUUAUUAUUUUUCACCAACUAAAGUAGCUGAUUGGUUUGCUCAGUCGAUUAUGGUUGUCAUUACCGAAAUCAGAAAAAAUCCUCAAAGGGGCAUGCCCAGGAUUGAGAAGGUUGAGAGAAAUGGGACUGUGACUACUGUUCUCCUUACAGUGGGGAGUAGCCGUUUGCUGUAUGAUAUAAUACCUGUUGUAUCCUUUAAAGGGUGGCCAGCAGUGGCUCAGAACUGGCUGACAGAGAACCAUUUCUGGGAUGGCAAAAUCACAGAGGAGGAAGCCAUCAGUGGCUUCUAUUUGGUACCUUCAUGCUCACCUGUUGGGGUGCCAGAGAAUGAAUGGAGACUUGCUUUUUCUAGGAGUGAGGUUCAACUGAAAAAAUGCAUAUCUGUCCCCCUCAUUCAAGCCUUUCAAGCUUGCAAAGCUGUAAUUAGCAGAUUGCUGUCUCGGCCAAAGGCCAUUAGCCUGUAUCACUUGCGAACCCUGAUGCUUUGGGCCUGUGAUCGUCUACCCAGUAGCUACUUGUUUCAAGAAGAAAAUGCUGCACAUUUCCUUCUAGGCCUUAUUGAUGACCUGUCCCAUUGCCUCGUCAAUAAGUCUUGCCCAAAUUAUUUUCUUCCACAGUGCAAUAUGUUUGAGCAUCUUUCAGAUGAAACUGCAAUGCUGCUAGCUCGCAAGCUGUCUUCCGUGCGUGCAGACCCUUCAGGGCACUUGGAGACUGCCAUAGAGCAUGCUAAAGCAGCCAAUAAGUUGGCACAGGAGCUGAGGACUAGGGCAGCAGCUGCUGUUGCUCUUCAGUCCUCCCAGGGUGAUGGAAUGUCCAUGGAGAGCAAGUAUAAAGAUAACCACCUUGCAAAAAAAAUUCAACAGUUGGUGACAGAAAAUCAAGGAAAAUCUAUUUCAGUUUUUCUUAACCCUGAUGAUGUCACCAGGCCUCAUUUCAGGAUUGAUGAUAAAUUUUUUUAGGUCUUUAGCUGGCAUCCACAUUGAAAUCUGCUGUGCUGUUUUGAAUGUAAACAUUUGUCAGACUUCCAAAGGAAACUCCGAGAUAUGCUUGGAAAUCUCUGUUCAAACUUAUGGAGAGAUUCCAGAUUGGGCAAUGUUAUGUUUAUUUUUUGUUUAUCUAAAGUACUAACCAGUGAAAUGUCAUUCAUGUCAAGAGAUAUUUUAAAUGGAGAAACAUUUAGUAUAAGUAGUCCAGAUGUAUCUCUGAGCUGUUUACUACUGAUAUUAGGAAUCUGUAUUUUAAAAAAUGGGAAUACAAUCAGCUGGACUGUCAAUUGACUGAA